CUGGCCCUAGAGCGGUGCGUCCAUUUGCAUUCUCGGAUUAGCUACGGUGUCUGGAUCUAAGUGAGCCCUGAGACACAUUCUUGAUCAUUAGUAAAUGGUGUUGCGUGGCUUGAGUUAUGUCAUGCCAUAAAGGGGAACAUCGCCCUCGAGCUCCGUCGACUUGAUCGUCGAUGGAAGCAAGCCUUGAGGACGCCACACAGCCAAAGGCAUGAUAAAAAGAGAGGACGAGAUGUGGCUCGUCGGGUGCCGACCUACAUUCGCUCGACUGGACAACUAACAUACUAUGAAUCCUCAAGAGAUUACGCCCUCGAUUGGAACUUCGACUUGUGGCAUGCUCAAAUCCCCGUGGAGAGUUGGGUCGAUUAGCGAACGAUCCUACGCGGACGAUGGGGACGUCCUCGUCUCAUCUUGCGAUGGCGUACGCUUCAGAGUACACAAACGGAAUCUACACAUGCACUCGGAGAUCUUCCCUGGGGACGACUUUCUAUCAGACGACAUAGUCAACCUGUCGGAAGACUCGUCUACAUUGGAGCUUCUCUUCCAAUACAUGUAUCAGCCUCCGCAGCCGGACUUGCGCGCCGUCACGUUUGAGCAGCUGGCGAAGUUGGCGGAAGCUGCGGAGAAAUAUCGUGUUCUGGCCGCCAUGGAGAACUGCAAGGUUUCAAUGAGGGCCUCUUUAUCCACUUGCAAGGAGCCAUUCGCUGUACUCGGCUAUGCUGCAAGACACGGGCACAAGGAUAUCUCUGCUGAGGCCGCGCUCAGGACGCUGAGUGUAUCAGCGAAAGAUGCACUCGAUCAUCUCGGGCCCGCACAUUUCAUUAGAUGGUGUCUCUACCGCGAUCCAUGGGUUCAGGCGCUACUCGAUGCCUACCGUCCACCACCCCCAGGUGGUAUUCUGCAUAAGGGCGGGCUCUGGGAGUGUGAUCUUUGGAAGCCCUUCGUACUGGCCGUGGUCGACGACAUGGGCCAUGACUUGGAGGCACCCCUGCAGUUCUCCUCGGUCCUCGAGAGGAACUACGCGAAACUGCAGGAUUGUUGGCACUGCAAACUGCGCGCUCAGACAUGGCGGGAUCAGAUUCACCGUCGUGUUGCCGAAUUGCGAAGUUUUCAGUUCUAGUAUGCAACAAGGGAAUGUCACAGUUAUGUUUGAUGGUCUAUCGACGUGGUCUGGUAGUGUUCUUGCGUCUGUACACUUCUUUGACUGCAGGUUCGAGUCUGAACCAAGAAUCACAACAGGUUGAAUGAUCGUACCUAAACAAGGAGCAGGUGGAUGUAUGCUGUGCGAAUCUUCUUGCCACCAGGCUGAUCUUCGACCUCGUGUCAAAUACUAGAUGAGAGUCGCGCAGCGUGACAAGCUGUACAUUGUG